UGUGUGUGUGUGUGUGCGCGCGCGCGCGCGUGUGUGUGUGUUUUGUGGGGAGGUAAAUGCCCCCUCCUCCUGCCUCCCCGCUCUCUAUCCCCCCACCCCUUUGUAAUGUUUGUCCUGCUUGCCCAUCACCAGGGGGUUGAGAGGAGUAUGACAGGUCUUUGUUGUCUGAAUAAAAAUCCGUGGCAGCUCCGGGGAGAGAACUCCUCCUACUAAAUUAUCAAAAAUGGGCUGGCUUUAGUCUCUUAACAAAUUGGACACAGCUCAGGCAGGAGCAGUCCCCAACCCAACCUACAGGAACUGGGAACUUGCAAGCAGUCAGGGAACGCUGAAAAUAGCACUUCUUUUUCUUUCUUUGUGUUCAAAACCAUUUUCUUUCUUCACCAGAUUUUGUUUUCCUCCCCCCGCUGCAGUUGUUUCCCAUUAGUAACUCGAUCUCUCAGAGCAGUAAGAUUUGCCUUCUACGCCUCUUUUCUCCUCCACCCGAAUUGUUUGUUUUCUGCACAUCUCCUUCAGGGAGCCGCUGAGGCUUCCCCCACCACUCUUCCCACUUCUUUUUGCUUCCCCCAGGCCCCCCAAGCAGACCGAUUUCCACUCUGUCUCUUUCUUCUCCUCCUCUCUCUCCCUCUUUCCCUCCAUCCCCGAGCCUCUCUGCGCUCCCACAGCGCAGCCCUCUCGGGUCCCUUGCCUCCCUCAUUCGGAUGAGCUGAAAGCCCCGGGCGUGUGUAUAUGGAAAUAGUGGGGUGCCGAGCAGAAGACAACUCGUGUCCUUUCCGCCCCCCAGCCAUGCUCUUCCACGGGAUCUCCGGAGGCCACAUCCAAGGCAUCAUGGAGGAGAUGGAGCGCAGAUCCAAGACUGAGGCCCGUCUGGCCAAAGGCGCCCAGCUCAACGGCCGCGACGCGGGCAUGCCCCCGCUUAGCCCGGAGAAGCCCGCCCUGUGCGCCGGCUGCGGGGGCAAGAUCUCGGACAGGUACUACCUGCUGGCUGUGGACAAACAGUGGCAUCUGAGAUGCCUGAAGUGCUGUGAAUGUAAGCUGGCCCUCGAGUCCGAGCUCACCUGCUUUGCCAAGGACGGUAGCAUUUACUGCAAGGAGGAUUACUACAGAAGGUUCUCUGUGCAGAGAUGUGCCCGCUGCCACCUUGGCAUUUCCGCCUCGGAGAUGGUCAUGCGCGCCCGAGACUCAGUCUACCACCUGAGCUGCUUCACCUGCUCCACUUGCAACAAGACUCUGACCACGGGCGACCAUUUCGGCAUGAAGGACAGCCUGGUGUACUGCCGCGCCCACUUCGAGACCCUCUUGCAAGGAGAGUAUCCACCGCAGCUGAGCUACACGGAGCUGGCGGCCAAGAGCGGCGGCCUGGCCCUGCCUUACUUCAAUGGUACGGGCACCGUGCAGAAGGGGCGGCCCCGGAAGCGGAAGAGCCCAGCGCUGGGAGUAGACAUCGUCAAUUACAACUCAGGUUGUAAUGAGAAUGAGGCAGACCACUUGGACCGGGACCAGCAGCCUUAUCCACCCUCACAGAAGACCAAGCGCAUGCGAACCUCUUUCAAGCAUCACCAGCUCCGGACCAUGAAAUCCUACUUUGCCAUCAACCACAAUCCGGAUGCCAAGGACCUCAAGCAGCUUGCCCAGAAAACAGGCCUGACCAAAAGAGUUUUGCAGGGAGAACAAAUCUUGGGGCAUUACAGCCAAACAUCCCGACGUUUGAAAAUUCCCUAAAGUAUUAAAAGAAGGGGAAAAGUUUGAUCGGAAAUCCACUGCAGUGAAGACAAAGGCACUAUUAGGUUAUGAUAAUCAUACAUUAAAAAAUUUAUUGAGCCAAAAAAAAAAAAAGAGAGAGAGAGAGAGAGAGACUUAAAUGUCAUUUACUGAAUGUUAACGAAACUUGUGUUCUUUAUGGUGUCUAACACAACUGAAGGCCUGACAUUAUGUGGUUUAAACAAAAUUAGAUAAACCAUGUACAAAACCAGAGCAACCUGGCAGUAAUAUGCCCACCCCAUAUUUGAAAAAAAUUAUUAUUGAAAAAAAUUUCACACAUUUGUCAAGCACAAAUAGUUGUAAAAUAAAGUCCAAAACGUUCAUUUCACCUGCUUGCUAAUGUGUAUUAGUGCUGUUAAUGGCAUUUUCCAACUGUAAAUUCAAAGAAAAGCUAUCACCCAUUUAAGAGUAUAGGGAUCAAACCCCAGUAAUUUUAGUAUUAUUGUUUAUUACUUCCUUUUUAAACAGAAAUCUCUGCAUGCACUUUUACAUAUGUCACCUCUAGUGUACACCUCUGUAUGAUGACUUAUCUUUGCUGUUUCUUGUAUGAUAAAUAGCUUUCAUUAAUAAACAUUUAUUUGAUGCAAACAUAGUUAACUUUAUGUUAAACACACGCUGUUGAAAUUAAUUUUGAACACUUAAAGAGGCAGCACAGUACAUUUACAACUUGUUAUACUAUGAAAAAAUACAAACAGCAUAAUGAGAUUAAAUUCUGGUAAUCUAAGAUAAAAUUACUUGGUUUUUACCUUUUCAUGACUUAUUUUCAUUUGUUGUAUUCAAUUACCACAUGUAUUACAAAUAAAAAAUAAAGUGAACCCAAAUUACAACAAAAUAAAUCUUAGAAUAAACUAUUGUGCAAAAUUUCAGCAACUUUUUUAGAUUACUAGGGUAAAAUUUAUAGAUCCUAUGUGAGUUUACAUGUUUGCUAUGCAAUGAACAAAUUUAUUGAAGUAUACAAAUAUAUUCUGAACUAUAAAAAGAUCCAAUCUUUGCAUAGUUCAAGUUACAUAUGAUUAUUACAAACAAAAAAGCAAAUGGAAAGACAGACAAAUAUUUAGGAAUGAGGUUUUUUUAAUUGUUAAAGGGAAUAUUUGAAGAAUAAAUUUUUAGCUAUUCCUAUUUAGCUGUAUAUCCAAAGCAUAUGUUAAACAAGCUAACAUAUAAUUUCCAGAAAAUUUUUCAUUAUGAUGAAAUUUUUAUUAUAUACAAAUGAACCCUAUGUAAAUGAUGUAAAUUUUAUGAAUGAGACAUUAAAUAUUUCACUUACAUGUAUUCUCAGAAUUUUGAAUGUUUUCUUAAAUGCUUUCACUUCCUGAAUACUAAAAAGAAAAAAUUUUAAAGAAGAGAGAGCAACUUACUACUAAAAAAAAAAAAAAAGCAAUGCACCACGACAAGUAGACUAUUUUGAGUGAUCACAAAUCAUGUUGGUUUUGUCAGUAACUUGAAUGUUUAUGCCUCAUUGAAACCUCAUCCACAGCUAUAGCAGCUUAAAUAGAUUUUCCAAUGCAUUUCCAGCCAGUUUAUUCAAAUCUUUGCCCUACAGUCUUGCCUUCUUUCGCUGUUCUGUCACCUAUGGCAAUUUCAUUUAGAAGUAUUUUGGAACUUCGCCUGGUUUUACAGACCUUUAAAUAUUUGUCUGGUAUGUGAAAUGCAGGAAGAGACCAGAGAGGGAAAGAACAUAACUGAAAUUAGACAUCUGAAAAAAAUAAUACAAAUUUGAAACAGGCACAUUUUUUAAAACCAAAAAAAAAAAAAAAAGAGAGAGAGAGAGAGAAAGGAGUACUAAUUAUGUGAGUGGGAAGAGAAAGCGUGUGAGGCAGAGUUGUAAGGUCUAUUGUGCUUUACUGUGACGUAAAGCAGUCUUUGAGUCUGAGCA